AUGAACCCAUCAAACAAAAGAGCAAGAAGUCCCAAUGACAUUUCUUCAUACAUUUGUGACAUUUGCAACUUGGAUUGUUUUACAAGUAAACAGCUCUGGAACCAUAAGCGAAUCUAUAAACAAAAUACUGGUUCAACAUUUUCUGCUAGUUCUUCUACUCACGUUCAUUUGGAAAAUGAAGAUUUGUCACCUCCAGUAGAUGACUAUAUGACAGAAGACAUACCUUUUGACCCAUUCAAACCAAGAACCUACAAAGCCUUCUGUAAUUUUGAGGCUGGUGAUGAAGGACAUGUAUACAAUGAUAAUAUCUUCACUGAGAAUACCUUCACUACUUCACAAUUGUUGAGUAUUGAGCUGUAUGAUAUUGUCACUUCAUUCAAUGUAUCUACAGAGUGUCAUCGUCAGCUUGCCAACCUAAUGAACACGGUAUUUUGGGAUCAUGAUAAACUUUCAAAAGAGUAUUCUCCAGAAAUACUUCAGGCUGGACCUGUAAAUACCUUAUUAAAGAACAAAGCAGCAAUAAAGGCUCACGCAUAUGUCAUAUGCAUGAAUGCCUGUAGGUUGUAUAAUAAUACCCAAAACAAAGAAGAAUGCCCUCACUGUGGCAGUAAGAGGUUCAUGGAGGCCACAGAUAAUACCCUCACCCAUUUGGUCCCGGUGAAGACAAUGAAGAUGAUACUCCUCGGCAACAGUGACACAAGGAAGAAACUCCAUUACAGAGCAAACAGACAGCUUAUAUCCAGUGAGUUGUCUGAUUACUUUGAUGGAGAAGAGUAUAAGGCCCUCAAAACCCAACACUUUUUCCAGUCUCCUGACGAUGUUGCUGUUGCCUUGUUCUUAGAUGGUUUUCAAUUGACAAUUGUACAUGUCAUGAUUUUAAAUUACGAUCCAUUGAUAAGAUAUACCAAUGAAUACCUUAUUCUACUUGCCAUUAUACCCGGAAAGCCUGUAGAUCUUGAUUCUUUCUUGUUACCCAUAAUAGAUGAAGUAAUUAGCUUAGGCAAAUAUGGACUGAUUAUAAAAAAAUUUGAUGGUGAAAGGAUUGCAGCAAAAGUCCACAUGGAAUAUGUUCUUAGAUGUAAUAAAUCCAACAACCAAGUGUCUGGAUCACCACAGCAUCUGGAGACAUUUCUCAAGUUACAAAGUAUUGUCAUCAUAAAGGUCAUAAUUCCAGAUAUGGAUGUUGCAGGUAGAGGCAUGUACUUUAAAAACUGUCGUGCUCCUCUAAGGCCAAUGAUUGACUUUGUUAAUGGCAACCCUAAUACUAGCAUUCAAGAGUCCAACAUCUUUGCUCGGCUCCCUACCUUUACUGGGUCUUCAUUCUAUGGUCUGGAUGAGAUGCAUUUAAUUGGUAAUGUCCCUACUCUCCUUGUACCUCUUUUCUCAAAAGCUGCUACUCGAAAAGCACUUCUUGCUUUGGUGAAAGGUUGUUCUAUUUCACUGCAAUGGAACUUGAAUGAGGAGCUAAUUGUUGAAAUGGAAAAAAAAAUGGGGAAUCUCAGGGUCUAUAGCACUAGAUCCAUGGAGAGAACGAUUGGGAGAUACUCAAAACUGAUCAAAAGUAGGGUAUUCUCUGGUAAAAAUGCCAGGAACUUGGUUGAAAGACUUGCAAUACGUGGUUAUCUGAAUUGUGCAUUCAACAUAGAACAGCAGCUGGACCUUAUAAAGCCAUAUCGAACAUCCCUCGACAAUUAUCUGGAACUUCCACUCCCUUCACCACACAACCAAAACCACCAGCUGUGGAGUCCAUUUGAAUCAAUACCCUAUAUAAAAGAAUUCACCGAUUUACCCACAUUUACCAAGGAACUACAAAUUUAUUAUACCAAAUCUAAUUCCCAUUCAACUGACCCACAAUAUACCAUGAAUACAAUCAAAAUCGCAGCUUGCGCUUUAAUCAGUAGCCAUGUCUAUGGCUCUGAAAUGUACAGAAGAAAAAGAUCUGAAUUCCAGCGAGGCAAUCACUACAUACAAUUCCAUGCCAUAUACCAAAAUAAAAUCCACUGGUUUGUUAGCUCUGUGAUUUUUUAUUUUACCCAUAACAUCUUACCUCAUGAUAAAAGCUGCAGGCAGUUUCUUGUGUUGGUAAGUGUUAUGAAUGAUCACUCGGCCACAGACUAUAACUAUUCCAUUCCAGUCGUAACUCUAGAGAGAGCCUCUAUAUACCAAAGAUUAGUAGUCAUCAGUCUUAAUGAUAUCCAAAACCAAGUUGGUUUAGUCCAAACUGCUGUGAACUCAACCAAAUAUAAAGUAGUCGCACCAUACUAUAUAUUUAGUGAAGACAUGAAAAGUACUGCUGGAAAAUUGAGAUAUAUCAAACUGUAA